AAGAAUUUGAAAUAAGAAAGAAAAAAAAAGUAAAGUAUAAAGAAACAUAUAGUUAAAAUGUGCGCUUCUUAUGCAAGAUAACAUCAGAAAAAACUAUAGUUUGUACAAAAUUAGUUUAGCAGCGUUGGAGGAAAUACAAGAUAGAGGUUGUCAAGUGAAGAAAGAAGACAUUUAUUGAGUGAUAAGGAUGCAUAUAUUGAAUACUUAGAAACCCAAUUAGAUAAAGUUUGCGAGCUUUCCUUAGUUGAGAAUCCGCAAAUUUAGAAAAGAGUGUAGGAACUUGAAUAGUCAAUAACUGACCACGAAGAGAAAUUUGCAAAUAUUACAAAACUUAUAAAAUUACUAUAAACUUUUGCUGAAAAUUAGGAAGAUGAAAAUAAGUUAAUUAAAGAGCACUUCAAUAAGCCUUUAAAUAGCUUUGGGAAAAAAAUAGAAAACUUUCAAAAUGAUUUGGUUAGCGAACUGAAGGAUUAAAUUAUAAAGAUUGAAGAAAAGGAUGGCCAGAGGGAGUCUUAGAUUUAUGAGACUUUAUCAGCAUUUUAGAAGAAUAUUAACGAUUUUGAAGUUAGAAUUGAAUAGUUUGCCAACUAGCUUUCAAAAGACAUGGCAACAGAUAUAAAAAUGUUAGCUACUCAAAUCCAAGGUGAAGCAAACAGCUAAAACACAGCAUCAAUUUAACCAGAUUAGCUUAGAAAUUUUCCAAUUGUAUCUGACAAUCAAGUCAAAUAGAAUUUAGAUAAAUUCAGAGAAGAAAUCAAUAAAAAAAUUGAAUUUGUUUUAAAGGAAAUGAGAAAGAAUGCUCUUUUAACUGAUGUUGAGUGUGUAGAAACUAAAUUAAAAAAAGAAUAAAAAGAAAGAACUUAUUUAUGCAAGUUUGUAGAAGACCUUACCAGAAAAAUAGACGAAUUACCUCAAUCCAUUACAACCCGUGCUAGCACUUCAAGAAAUGUCUCCCCUUCAGCAGUUUAAGAAUCAAAUUAAUUUAAAUUAGUUAAGUAAAUUGAAAGUGAUAUUGAGGAUUUAAAAGAAGUAGUAAAUGCUUUAGUCGAUAAGAUUGAAGAAUAAGAUAAGAAGAAAAAGUCUUCAUUUAUAACAAAAGACUAAUUUGAUAGCUUAGAGAAAAAUUUGACAUUACAAAUCUCAAGAUUUGUUGAUCGUUUUUAGAACUUUUAAGCAAACCCUUCAUAAAAUGUUGCUUAUGAUGAAUCUUUAAGGGAAUCUGAUAAUUAAAGAAGUAAUAAUAAUUUCUCAGCACGACAAUAAUACUCUACAUUAAAGAGUGAUUAAUAUUUAACUUAAUAAAUGAGAUCUCCUUAGUUUGAAUAGCAAGGAUGGUAGUAAUAAUAAAUGUUACAGCAAAAUUAGUAUUAAUUAAAUAACCAAAGUGCAGAAAUACACCCUGAAGACGACUCUUACAUGAUGCAAUAAAAAUAUUCUCCAAUAAUUUAAGACGACCAAGACCUAAGGGAUACUCUGAUUUCUAAAAAAGAUAAAAACACAUCAUUAAAUAACUAAUAGUCAGGUGGAGAUAAUAAUUUAGGAGAAAGCUUUGGGUUAAAUUAAAAUAGUCAUAUUUCUAACAAUCUUUCAGAUAAAUUAGAUUAAAAUAAAAAUAAAUCGAGAAAGAAAUCUAGUAAUUAAGAAGAGAUUCUUGAUUAAUAUCCAUAGAGAGAGAAGAGAGGAGUGGCAUCUUCUAGUUCUAAAUCAAUAACUAGAUAAUCAGAUAAAGAAAAUAAAUAAAAUUCUAAUUCAUAGAACAGAGGUAGAAAAGCUACCGACGAAUCAGUCACUACACUUAAAAAGAAUAAAAAAAGAGAAUUAAAAUCUGAGUCCAAAUCUAUGUCAAAAAGUCCUUCGAAUAUAGGAGAAGUUUCCAGCACUAAAAGCAUUAAUGCUUCAAGAAAAUUAUCCUAACAAAAUAUAUCUAUAGACAGAUAAUCUAAAUCUAACACAAGAGUAACAUUAACUGAACCUGAAGAAACUCGUAUUAAAUCGCCUCUAUCUAAUAUAUCAAAAAAUAAAAGUGGGUUUGAGUCAAAUCAAAAGUCCAAGAUAAAAAAUAAAUCUCCUUCUCCUAUAGGUAAUACUAAUAAAUUCGCUGAGAAGAAGAGACAAAAUGGAGAGAAAAUAAAAGAGUUAUUCAAAAAAAAGAAGUAGAUGGAUUAAAAUAGCUCUUCUCAUACUAAUUAAAAUCACUCAAUAUCUUAAAAAUCAGCCAAUAUUUCAGUAAAUGAAAAAAAAUAAGGAGAUAAAAAGAAGAAAUGA